AAUCAAUUGUUUUUUUUUUUUUUUACCGUUCGAUUUACUGUUUUUCCGUGUUAUUCUAAUAUAAUUGAAAUAAACUACCAUAAAUUAUAACAAUCAUUAACCACACAAAAUUUACCGAGCUCGUGACCGUGUCAUUCAGACAUGUUAUGAAGACGACAAUGACGUAGACGGUACACACAUUUUCGCUGUCCCUCGUCCUAGGCGAAUACGAAAAUUGUCAGAAGAGUUUGAUAAUCUGGACGACCGCUAUUUUAUAACGAGGUACAGACUCAACGAAUCAACAGUUCUAUCGAUUCUGGAGAAAAUAAAGGAAAGCCUUGAGAAUUGUUGUAUAUCUCCGAUCAAUCAGCUCUUCAAUUUUACGCAACCGAGUGCUUCCAAACCACUGCUGGAGAUCUGUGUGGAUUCAGUUCCUCAACAGUGAAUAGAAUUGUGCACAAAAUAAGCUGUGCUAUUGUGUCACUACGUAGCCCCAAUAUAUUCAUUUUCCUCAAACACCAGAGGAAAUAAGACUGAUUCGGUUACAUUUUAACCGAAUAGCCAAGUUUCCAAAAGUCGUUAGCGCCAUUGACUGUACUAAUUUCAAGUUGUGGCAAUAACCGCAAAUUGGAAAAAAAGAAUUUCUAUAAAUUUAAAUAAUUAAGUCGCGUGUUUCCAACUUUUAUUGGAUAAAAACAAUAACAUACAUUGUGCGUUGAUGUAAGCCGGUGUAGGUAUUUUCAACCGACCUACUUUUAUUUACGUAUUAUAAGGUGUAUUAAAAUAAUGGAGAAUGAUUAUGAAAAGUUCUCUGGAGAUGAUGAAGUGGCCACGGUGUCUUCAAAUACUGGUCUAGUAAAGUAUGGUUUGGUUUUAAUGAUGAACAGAACAGAGAUGACAGUGAUCUGGCAUCCAAAUGGUGCUGAAGAAAUUAUAUCUUAUGAUAAAGUUGUGUUAAUGGAUCGAUUAUUAAAGCUUAGUGACAUAGUACGAAAAGUUAGUGAAGGCAAGCGAAGUCAAUUUGGAUUUUGUGAAAAUAUUGAUAUAUAUGCCACGGUAAAAAUAGUUAAUACCAACAAAAUAAUAGAAAAUAUCAAUUACCGAAACUUUACUCCCUCAAAACACUUAACAAUUGUUUCCUCGGUUUUUUAUGAAUCAUGGAUUGGUAAAGUUAAAAUGGUCAAAAGUAAAGUUACAUUUGUUUCACAAGAUGGAUCUAUUUUCACAUUAGAGAAUCCAUCUAGACGACACUUCAUUAGUCUAUCUACAAGUGAUAGCUUUUUCAUGCAUGAGAGUGAAUUUUAUCAUGGGCAAAAAUUAAAAAUGCGUCUAGAUUCCUUAGAAAGUGCAAAAUUUUUAACGAUCAGUAAUCUAAUGAAAUGUUUAUUGUACAAUUAUAAGAAGAAUUUCAGCUAUAAAUUUGGGUCCAAGUGGGUCAAAGUUUAUAUUCAAGAUAUUACUGUAUCAUCAGUUGAAGUUAAAUGGUACUGCCAAGUACCAAGUAGAACAAAGCCGCGUGAAGAAUAUUGGCCAGAGAAAUUAGUCACUGGUGAUAAUUUGAAAAAACUAAAAACUAUUCAUCUAUUUGGGUCGAGUCCAAUUCAAGUGGGACAAACACAUUGGUAUACAAUUAAAGAUACCGAUAAUUUGAUGACAAUGAAACAGUGGCAAUCUAAAUGCACAGAAGCUUUUAACAUUGGAUCAGGUACAAAAAAUAGACCAAGUACAAACGUUUCAGCUGGUCUAUCACAAAUAAAUGAAAGAAUAUUAAAUAAGAAAUAUAAAUUUAAAUUACUAUCCAAAAAAUGUGAAUCUAAACCAUCUACAAGCACAACCGGCAAUAGUUGUGUACAUACAUUAAAAUCGAGCAGACUAAAAAGGAACCGUAUGUGGAAAUCAUUAAUUAAAAAAAGAAAACAAUUCAAUAUACCUAAAGUAAAAACCAAACCAAAUUCCAAAGUCGUAGUUGAGAUUUGCUACACAAAAACUAUGGUAGAUGUUAUAUGGCAGGAUGGUACCAAAGAAACUGGACUUUCUUCCACUGAUCUCUACCCAGUACGAAAUCUUGAUGACCUUGAGCUUUUUCCUGGCAAUUUUGUUACUGAAAAAAGUCCUGCAUCUGACGUUUAUGGUGUUGUAGAAUCUAUGGACCAUAGACACACUGCUCAUAUACAAUGGUUUAAAGUUAAUCCUGAAAAUCCAUCAUUGCCAAAUCCUAUUGAAAAGACUUUUGUUAGUGCAUAUGACUUACGUGGUCAUCCGGAUUUCCAUUUUGAAUCUGGUUGUCUUAUUAUACAUGUUAAUCCUGAUACAAACCCAGAUUUAAAUAUCUUAACUGCUGGAAAAGUAUUAAGUACAAGGCCUGAUGGCAGGAUCUUAGUGAUGUGGGUUAAUGGGGAAAAAACCGAAUGUUGGCCACAAGAAUUAUUUGUUGUCAAACUAAAUGAUGAUGUCUUCAAUUUUCAAGAUGAAGAAUAUGAGGAUGAAGAUGAUGAUGUCUUCAAUUUUAAAGAUGAAGAAUAUGAGGAUGAAGAUGAUGAUGCACCUCUUGCUGUUGAAGAUCACUUAUCUAAAGAUUUGAUGUGUAUAACCAGUUCUGGAUCAUCUAAUAAAAACUGUGACCAAGUACACAAUGAGCAGAAUUAUGCAAGCCUAUUAGUCCAAUUACUAGAGCAAUCUGCUACAUGUAUAAAUUUAUUUCUAGAUGCUGUUAAACAAAAUUGUGACACAGAUAAAGUUCUUAAAUUGAAAAAAGCUUUGGAACAAUAUAGGUCAGGAUUUAACGUCAGUUCGUGUUUGCCAACUUCAGAAUGUAAAGAAAAAGAAAAAGAAAUAGAAACAUGGUACAAGGAUCUCAUGGAUAAUAUCUCAAAAUUAAUAAACAAAAUAAUCUCAAGAAUAGAUAUUAAAGAGAGAGAAGAAAGAGAAUUAGUUGAAGAAGAAGAACUGUCAUAUGAGACUUUAAUUAAAGACAGUGUAACUAAAUUAAAACAGUUUGUGUCAGAUUUCAUAAAUAAAGUUAAACUUGUUUCCAAUGAAUUAUAUCUUUCUAAGUAUGGAAUAAUAAAAAAUUGUGAUACAAAAGAUGAAAGCGAUAACUUUAGUCUAGAAAUAAUGGAUGUUACUGAGCCAGCAUCUGUACUUCCAGUAAUGGAACCACAUUCUACUGAAUGUCAUUUUAGCGCAUUGGAUACAGAACUAGUAUACGAAGUAACCAAACCAGAAUAUAACCAAAGUAUAACAAAACCCAAAGAAGCUGGAGUUUUUGAUGUAGUAGAAACACUUAUGGAUAAUUCACACAAAUAUAUCAAUGAUAAAGAUAAUUUAAAUCUUUGGGUACCAAAAGUUAUUGCCAAAGACAUUCAAAUACUUCAAAAAAGUUUACCGGCAGGAAUUUGGGUGAAAACUUUUGAAAAUCGUAUGGAUUUGUUUUCUUUAAUGAUUAGAGGACCAGAAAAAACUCCAUAUGCUGGUGGUUUGUUUCUAUUUGACGUUAAAAUUCCGCCCACAUAUCCAAUCCAACCUCCACUCUGUCAUUAUUAUAGUUAUUGUGACGACCGGUUGAAUCCAAAUCUAUACGAAGAUGGAAAAGUAUGCCUAAGUCUUUUGGGUACUUGUUUUGGUCAUGGUGUUGAGUUAUGUUCACCCAAUGAUUCAAAUUUAUUACAACUUCUAGUAUCAAUACAAGGACUGAUAUUGGUGAGGGAACCAUAUUAUAAUGUAGCUGGAAUUGAUUCCCAGCAAGGUCAAAAGCUUGCAAAAGAAAACUCUCGUGUUUACAACGAAAUGGCUCUGAUCAAAGUUGUGCAGUCAAUGACAAAUAUGUUAAACAUGAAUAAUUCAGACGUUAAAAAUACAGGGUAUUUUGAAGAAGAAAUACUGGAACACGUAAAAACACAUGGUCCAAAGUUAAUUAAUACAAUUGAAAAUUGGAUUAAAAUGUCUGAAAAAGAAUUAACUGAAGAUGAAAAACUUAUUCCUGGAUAUCCAUUAUUGCCACUUUCCAAGGAACGGUAUUAUUUUCCUGCUGAAAUAGCAGCAUUAGAAUUUAGUUUAAUAGAUGGUAUAUCUCGCACAUAUCAUCAGGAUGGAAUAAUCAAUCAUGCAGAUUUUAAAGAGGGCACAUUGGAGUUACCAUAUUUAUUCACUAUAGAGUCAGAAAUAAUUGGUACAAAUAAUAUGACGAACACUAAAAAUAGCUUGGAAAGACUAUACUCCACAGCUUACCCAAGAGAAUACUAUGUGGCCACUUUACACCCAGUUUAG